AUGGAUUCCCUGAAGAGUACUGAACCAUGUUCCCAUAAGGCUCCAGCAUGUCCUACCACAGAAGAGAAGAAUCAAAGAAAGGUGAAACAAGAAGAAGAGGAAGAAAACAAUUCUGGUCUUUUUUUAGAUCUUAGCCUUUGUAGCAAAAAUACUGAUCAUGAGCCACGGAUCUUCCCUUGCAACUACUGCCACAAGAAAUUCUAUAGCUCACAAGCACUUGGAGGACACCAGAAUGCACACAAGCGUGAGAGGACUCUAGCAAAGAGACAGAGGUUAGGAAUGGCUAUAGCUGCUUUUGAAGACUUGCAAUUGGACUACUACCCAUACCCAAGCUUUGCUUCUUUUCCUCUUCAUAGUUCUUCCAACAUGUCUCUUGGCAUUCAAGUGCACUCAAUGAUCCAUAAGCCAUAUCUUAAUGGACAUCAAGGUAGGUGGUCAAGAAACCCUAUUGAUCAACAACCAGCAAUUGGAAGGUUAACAGCUAUGGAUAAUAAUAGCGAAUCCAGCAAGCACUUGGGCGGAGUAAAGCGGAUCUACGAGCACUGUUACGCUGACGCGCGAGCUGUUGGAGUGAUCACUGGAACAUCAUCUAGAAGUUUCAACACUGCCACAGAGGAAAUUGGGGGGUUUUCAUGUCCUGGUAAUUCUAAGAAAACACAGAAGGUCACAAGGAACCUUGAUUUGUCUCUCAAGCUCUAA